CAGUGAUAAUUGAUGUGACCGAUCGGUAGCACGCAGAAUAUUGUUUCGCAGCAAAAAGCAAAAAGGGCACAAGUUUUAAAUAAAAAGAACUUAAAAGUCAUUAGGAAUUGUGCUUCUAAACUGCAAAAUAAAUUGAAUUAAAUAAGAUGAAACCUUCGCUAUCCUUUGUCGGUGUGCUCGGAUUGGAGUUCCUGCUGCUGCUAGUUGUAACGCAUGCCCACACGCAACAAUCCCUACCGGAUGUGGCUAGUGCGCAAGAUUCAGCCGUACCACCGCAUGCCUUACCCACCCUGAAUGCCAUCGAAGCCGCGGAACACAAGGAUAAAUCGCAGCAGCAGCAUCCUCCGGCGGUCGACGCUAAAACCGACGACCACGCUGGAAAAAGCGUAGUUGUGAACUGGAAGCUGGCCUGCAAACAGCUCUGCAGUGCAGGGCUUGGCGGGCCCAGCUGCGGGUCAACGUGGCUGCGCACCACCACUACCGACUCGCACAUACUCCCCAUGGACAAGGACACCCUGGAAGGAGUGUGUCCAGCGCUGUGUGCUAAUGGGUUAGGCGUUUCCAAAUGUAACUGCAAAAAUUACCGUCCCAAGGUGCAGUUCAAUCAAAACCUCAUCUGCGGAGCGUUCUGUACCGUGGCCAACGUGCAGCUGAUCGGAUGUAGCAGUUGCGACGGUACCGAUCCCAGCCAAGGCACAGUGGGAGCGCUGGAAGCGUACGAAACAACCACACCGAACUGGGACGAGCUGUGUUCGAUGUUUUGCAAGAUGGGUGACGGUGGAACACUGUGCAACUGUGAUUUGCCACCGUUCUUCUAGAUCCCGGCGUGGCAAAUCAUUGAUUGAUUUGUUGGAAAACGAAAAAAAACACCCACAAAACAUACAAAUGCAUUAUUUUACACAACUUCACCAUGGCUGUCUUGGUGUCGUGGCAUAAACACGCAUUCCUAUGCAAGUACAAAAAAGAGACCUUUUUAAUUUUUCUUCCUUCAACAACAAAUCACACACACACACGGAGUGAUGGUAGCGCCGGUGACGACAAAGCAUUGUGAGGCGAUGCAACAUUAUCAUUACAUAUCGCAGUGCUUGCAAAUCGGGUGCGAAAGGCACCGUGCAAGCCCGCACAGUUCCUGCUUGCUUUGAGUUCCUUGCGUGCUGUCUUUAGGUUUGAUUUUAACGACUAGGAUAAGGGUACCGUUUGGAUGGGAUAACUUCGGUAAUUCAAACGCAAAAUGACAAAUAUCACUCAAAAAGGGCUUCCAGGUGAAAAAAGUGAAAAAAGAAAUAUACGGACACAAGCCGGCACACUAAACCAUCCGUUACUGGCUGUGUCCGACCAUGUCUAGAGCAAGUAGUAAACGAAGUAGCGUCAGUCGAAGGAGCGUAUCAAACCUAGCGUACAUAUCUUGAUCUAUAGUUAGGAAUUUUUUGUGUUGAAAAUUUUAGUGCCCCUUUACCGGCGGACUUUAGUCUGUGAUGGCUAAAGCUGUCGUACUGGAAGUAGCAACAAGCAGUCAAAAAAAAAGAAGAAAAAAAAAACUCAUGUCCACAGAGCUCCGGCUAUCUGGAUCUGAUGUUGACUUCCCUUCCAUGUGUCAAUUUGUUUAGGAUUAAUUCUCUUACGAAACCUGCUUUCGAAACACUGAGCCGAUCAUGUCCCGCACACGGAGUACGUGAGCAUCUCUCAGUGCAAUUUUGAGUACGAUUAAGACCGUUAGUCAUCUGUUCCGAGCUGUUCUGAAGCUUACGAGUUCCUUUGUGGAACAACCCAAAACCCCACCACAUUUUCCCAUUUUCCCCGCCGUUUUAUCCAUGAAAACAUCGUACAGCAAAGGCAAAAAAGCGAUCAGCGAUCAUCAUAUACCAUCAUCGGUAGUAGUAGUCUCAUCUCAUAUCUCAUGGCAAAAUCAUUCGAAGGCGACGGUGAGGGAGAUCAUCAUAAAAAAAAUGUUGGACAUUUCUUUCCAAAUUUUACUAAAGCACGCAACGCAACAGAAUUGCAAAAAUGCUGUGAAAGACAAUAAUAAUUACCAAAUAAACUAUUUGGAAUGAGAGUGUGGUGAGGCGAUUGCAAAAGCAAAAAACAAAAAAACAACGUACAUAAAUACAUGCACUAAAGAAAACCCUUUACAAAUAUGACUAAAUUAAAUCAAACAAACGCAAGAAGAUGAAAAACAAAACACUACGCUUUAACACGAUAUCUAAAUGUUGUAAAUGUUUCCCUUUAUUCCGUGCCGUGGAUAUAGGCACCACCUGUCAGCAGGGUGCCGCCAUUAGUAGACGUUCCACACAUUUACACACAGUAUAUAGUGAAGCUGUAUGCGCUUUGUUCGGUCGUCAGUGGUUGCAUAAAGAUAAGAGAAAUGCACCCAUUAAAUCUCGAUCUCGUUCUCAUCAGACAGUAUGAACUGUGGAAGGCAGCAUUAAGCCGGGUGCCGAUAUCGCUCAACUGAAAAUGUUUGGUGUACAUUAGCAAUAGGAUCAUUUGAUGUACGCGAGUUACAAGCCGUAUGUGUAUAACAAUAGCCAAGGUGUGGCAAUACACAAUGCUCGUUUCGAGGGUAACAAUGCUUCAUAUAACAGCAGAAACUGGAACAUGUUUAAAUAAAUGUUUACACUGAUAAACCAACAA